AUGGUUGCGGUCCCAACCGCCGUGAUAGCGGUGCCCGACGUUACUCGUUUCUUCAAUGACAGCGCGCACUUCUUCAGAGACAAAAACCUCGUCAAAUGCGUCCAAUUAGCUUCUCCAGAAACUCUUAACAUUAUUCUGUGUCUUCUAUUUCUGACCUCUCUUACAAUAUCUCUGAGACUCGCCCAUAGCUACUACUCUUCUUCAGUCAGGUCGUUUCCUGGUCCAUUCUCCACCAACUUUACCGAUGUCUGGCGUUAUAUUAAAACUGCUGGUGGUCAGGCUCAUCUAGUCCAUGCGGAGCUUCAUCGAAAGUAUGGCGUUGUUGUCAGGAUUGGACCGAAUACGUUGAGCAUCUCGGACCCAUCCCUAAUCAAGAUUAUUUAUAAUACUAAGGAUCCGUGGAAAAAAAGUCGCAUGUACACCCUGCAACAAUCCGUUCUACCAGAUGGAACCCCCCAGCCAAAUUUAUUCUCGACGUUAGAUGAAAAAUGGCACGCGAAGAUUUUGAAGCCAAUUGGUCCCUCCCUCUCAUCGACUAAGAGCGUGCUGAGCACUGAGAAGUUUCUUGACAGCUCCAUCAACUUGUUGAUUAGCGUCUUAAGAGAGAAGUUUGUCAGCACAGCCCUACCUUGUGAUAUCGCGGAUAUCUUCAUACGAUUCUCGUGGGAUGCUAUGGGUUACACUACUUUCGGUUCCUCUCUCGGGUUUCUCGAUGGGUCUCUUCAAAAUUCUGAGAAGCUCCUGAGAGACUCAGAUAGGGACUUUGAGUAUUUUGCUAGGCAGACCUGUCAAAUGCCUUGGCUUCAUUACUACCUAAAGACAAGCUGGAUUGCACGACGAUUCAAUGCGCCACAACUCCAAUGGGCGGUCAACUUGAGUUUUGAACAUUACAGCAAGCGGAAAGAGAUGCGCAAGCUAUUAGAUACAAAUAAAUCAGUAUCUGGAGGAGAACAAGACUUUCUCGACAGAUACCUCGAAGCACAGCAAAAGUAUCCCGAGCUCAUCGACGAUUAUCAGAUGAUUAGCUAUCUCUUGACGAACACAGUAGCUGGGAGUCACCCAACUGCAUACACUUUGAUUGCCCUCGUGUACUAUGUCCUCAAAACCGAGGGUGUGCUUGCCAGGAUCCGCUCCGAACUCAAAUCCGCAAGACUGUAUGGUGUUGAAGGACCGGCCAGCUACAAAAAAGCCAAGACUCUUCCUUAUCUUGAAGCUGUUAUCCGUGAAUCUAUUCGUAUCCACCCUGGCUUCGCUCUCGUGUUGGAACGCGAGGUACCGGAGGAAGGUCUUCAACUCCCUGAUGGUCGAAUUGUGGCUCCCGGAACCAUUGUUGGCAUGGAUCCAUGGGUGAUCAAUCGUGACGAAGACAUUUUUGGUCCUGAAACUGGCUCCUUCAACCCUGAGCGAUGGCUACAAUAUCGCCACGAAUCCAUUGACCAAUUCAACUCUAGGCGUCAGAAGAUGUUCAACACUCUACUCUCGUUUGGUAGUGGAGGACGUGCAUGCUUGGGUCAGAGACUGGGACUUGUGGAGUUGUACAAGACUGCAGCAAGCUUUUUUGCAAACUUUGAUGUCCAACUCGUGGAUUCUAAGCAAAAAAUGAAAAUCACUUGUGCUUGGGUCAUGCGUACAGAAGACGUGCAUUUGUACUUACGCAGCACCAGUGACACAGCCGAGAAACCCCUUACCUCCAUAUGA